CACCCCGCAUACGGAGGCACGUUUCGUGUAGUCACCAUUUUUUGGCCCAAAGUUUGGGUAGUUAAAACGCAAAAGUGAGGGAGAAGUGCCGGCUAAACAUAAUUUCUGUUAUAUUUUACGGGUUGGAGAGUAGUUCCUAAUCCUUAAUGCUUUUAUGGCUUUGAAAAGAAUAAACAAGGAAUUACAAGACUUAGGACGAGAUCCUCCUGCCCAAUGUUCAGCCGGCCCUGUUGGCGACGACCUAUUUCACUGGCAGGCGACGAUAAUGGGUCCGCCUGAAACGCCAUACCAAGGGGGCGUCUUUUUUCUGACAAUUCACUUUCCUACAGACUACCCGUUCAAGCCACCGAAGGUGGCAUUUACAACAAAAAUAUAUCACCCAAAUAUAAACAGUAAUGGCAGUAUUUGCCUGGAUAUUUUGAGAUCGCAGUGGAGUCCAGCUUUAACAAUUUCAAAAGUUCUUCUCUCAAUUUGUUCAUUGUUAAAUGACCCAAAUCCAGAUGACCCACUAGUCCCUGAAGUUGCACGAAAUUACAAAACUGAUAGACAAAAAUACAAUGAGUUGGCGAAAGAGUGGACGAGAAAGUAUGCAAUGUGACAGUGGCCUGUAGAUUGAUGUUUCUGCGGUAUGAUCACCAUCUUAAUAUCUCAGACUUUCGAGAAAUGAAGUUAAUAUUGUUGCCGGUGUUGUAUAAUUCUCUUGUAUUAUUUUUGAAUAUGCUUAACAGCCUUCUUCGUCUGUGUCCAUUUUUAUUUUUUUCCUCCGACUUUGUAUCAAUACUAUCCUCCAUUUCCUUGCACACAUAUUUGUUGUUACAAUUAAACUGUCUGUGUAUUAUGUAGACUAACCAAACCAAUUUAGAAAGAGUGUGGCAGUGAAAUAGGAGGGCCAACAGAGAAGUAACUUGUAAUUAAUAAAAGACAAUUUGAAUGAAGUUAAUUUUACAA